AUGGAUAAGGUUCUCCACGCCACCUCUCUCCCGAUACUACCUGGCGCCAUCAUGUCAAAGAACGAUGCUCCUGAAGUGGAGCAGCUCUUCAAAGAGAAUGGCCGCCUAUAUCAGGUGUGGCCGAGGGACAGAUAUUUGCUUCCAGCAGAUCAAGUGCGUAGUCUCAGUCUGUCCAAGUAUGGGAAUUCUUGGCCGCAAACACAGUCACUAACGUUUGAUCAGACUGAGCAAGACCGCCUCGACAUUUUCAGCCAAUUGUUCAAAAUAGUUCUCAACAACAAAUUACACACAGAUGCCUCGGUAGUGGAAGAGAAUUCUCAUGUUCUAGAUCUUGGCUGUGGGACUGGCCUCUGGGUCAUACUUAUGGCCCAUGAGCUACACCCUAAACCAUGCCUUUUCAUAGGGGCAGACGUUCAAAUGACGCAACCGGAUCUAAUCCCAGCAACAGUCAGAUUCACACCAGCCGAUAUCGAGGCAGCCUGGACAGAAGAGAUGGUUCAGCAUGCGCCUUAUGACCUGAUAAACUGCAGGUUGAUGAAGGGUGCUAUUCGCUCAUGGCCGGCCUUGUACGAAAAGAUCGCAGCUCACCUGAAGCCGGAGACAGGUGUUUUUGAACAAUUUGAAAUCGACUGGCAGUUCAGGUGUGACGACGGUCCCAUACCGACAGCUUUAAAACAAUGGUCAGAUGAGGUCAUGCAGGCUAUGGAUCAGCAUGGCAUGUCGAUUCGAUGUAACCGCGAAGAGACCCGGUCGAUGCUACUGAACCACGGGUUCGAUGACGUUCAAGAGCAGGCCAUCGUGCUUCCCAUCAGUAAUUGGGCAGACGAUGAGCGCGGCCGAGAAAUUGGGCGCUGGUUUAAUCUCGCCCUCAACCACAGCACCAUGCCCAUGUCACUUGCGCCUCUGUUUCGCGUCAUGAAGAAGACACCUCAAUACAUUGCGGAACUCAACGCAGCUGCAAGCAAGGAGAUACAUAUGGACUGCCCGAACCAGACCUUCUCGACGUCGAUGAUCGCAACCCUGGUCAAAUUGACCUGGUGUCGUUCAUAUGGUCAGAUGUAUAUGUCUCACCUCCUGUAG